UGAUAAUGUGUGCAAUCACGAUCAUAUAUAAAUAACAUGUAACGCCUUUCAUAGAUUGCUCUCCAUCUGAUCUAUCGCAUUCGUUCUUCACUCGCCAGUAUGUGCUCAAUUGGCGCUCCCUUCUCCAAAGUCAAACCUCCUACCCCAGUCGAGGGCGAAGACACCACCCAAUUCGAGCUCAUGGUGGCUGGCAAGCCUUAUCUCGCAAUGGACAAAUAUCUCCGCCGAAUCCGGGACGAACAGGCAGAGAAACUUUGUCAGAUCAAUCAGACCAGGUCGACGGAGAAGAGAAUGGAGUUGUACACCGAUCUUGUCAAUCUGACGGGCGGUGAAGAGGGAAAUGUUAUAAUCAAUAUUCCUUUUACUUGCGAAUAUGGCUCCACAAUCACUUUCGGUCGAGAUAUCUAUGUUGGCCACAACUGCCAGUUCUUUGACGUUUGCCCUAUAACCAUCGGUGACCGCACCAUGAUCGGCCCCAACUGUCAAUUGUACACACCCUCUCACCCUUUAUCCCCAGAAGAACGGAAUGGCCUCACCGGACCUGAAUGGGCUAAACCUAUCACCAUCGGCAAAGACUGUUGGUUAGGUGGAGGUGUCAUCAUUGUACCUGGUGUCACCAUCGGGGAUGGGGUCACUGUAGGCGCCGGCUCUGUUAUGACGAAGAAUGUGCCCAAUAGGUGUGUGGUGGCAGGAAACCCUGCAAGGAUAGUGAAGAGGAUCAAAGAGGACGGAACUGUCGUGGCUCCAUAGAUAGGCUGAAAUAGUCAUCGCCAUGGCAGCCUAAAGACUGAAUAUUAGAUUAUUGGGUACUUUACCCCUAGUAGAUUUUAUACAAG